UCAGCGCAUGAUUUCUUUCUCUUCAUUUAGAUUGGUUUGUUUUCCCAUUAACACUUCCCAUAACUGCAGCAUCAUAACCGUGACGUCUACACCUGCGGAUUGUGCAAACGUAGCUAGACUGGACAAUAUUUCUUGUUAACAGCGGCACUGCCCAUUGUAGGUAUGUGCCUGCUCUUACAUCGUCGGAGUGGCAAACUGCUGGCGCUAUUGGCCUAUUUCCCUCUGCCACUCCCUACUCCACUGUGAAAAGUAAAAAAACCGGCGGGUGUACCUGGCCCUGACAACGUACCGGACAACAAACCAGCUGCGCUUCCAGAGGAGUCUCAGUCGGCCAUUUUGUCCUGGAGCGAAGAACUGCAGCGUCUUGAACACUUGCUCAUUUCCUUGAGGGAUGAAAUGACCUCGAAACAUUUUGUGGUGCCCUUGAGCGAGGAACAGCAGCCUCAAAGUGUGAUAGACUCGCUCCUUUCUUUCGGAGACGAAAUGGCCUCGGAAUGGGGCAGUUAUCUUAAGAGCCUUUUGUGGGCGGAUUCACCUGACCCUGACAACGAACCAGACAGUGUGCCUGCUGCGCUUCUAGAGCACGAUGUAUGGCCACAUGAGAUGAAACACCAGUGUCGUGCAAUGCGAGAUUGCUGGAGGUUUGUAGUCAAUGAGCUUGAGCUGGAAGGCCUCAGGGAUGUGUUCGACCACAGGUUUGAUCACUGCUACUGCAAAGAGUGCCGUAGUACGACCGCUGAGAUUACGGAGCGUGGCGAUGAGGUCUACGUUUUACCCGACGGAUGGUGUCGAUUUGGACUGAACCCAAGAGCCAUGAUAGAACAGUACGGCGGGGACACGAGCAUUGUGAAUGUAAUGUUUGACAGGAGAGAAUCCUCUGGCUGGCCAGUAGGGUUUCAUGGCUCUCACCCGCGACACAUUCGUAGCAUUCUUAACGAAGGGAGGCUGUUGAAGCCGAGUCAAAGAACGAAGACAGGGACAGAGAUCACAGUAACUCAUGUUUGCACUAUAGGCGGCUUACAAGCCCCCGCCGAAGUGUAUGAACGCAUAUUCUUUUCGCCAUCAAUCCGCUACUGUGAGUGGUACUGCAAGCAACCACCAGCGUCAACACACCUCUGUGUUCUACAAGCCAGAAUAAGAAAGUCCAUGGCUGACGUGGGCCAUGAGACCCUGGCUGGUAGGGUGGAGGAUAAGUAUGUGGAGAGACAUGAAAUGGAGUGGAGCGUGAAGGACGGCAUACAUACUCCACUCUACGGAUUACUGAUUCGCGAAAGGCCCGAACAAUUCUUCUUCCGAUGAGUAAGUUCGAAUUCAAAAUCUUCACCAAUUGUUUCAGCUUCUGAUAAAGGUUCAGACUAUCGUGUACCCUCAAUUUUUUAACUGCAAGUUUUAAACACCCUCAACUAAUGAAUUCAAUGUUGUGUUGUGUAUAUUGUUGAAUACAUUGAUUGGAGGGGAAUAGAAUGGAUACCUUUCUUUUUCGAGAAUUGCGUGUAUCUUUCCAGGCAACUUCUAUUCACCUUUGAGUGUGCAAUCCUUUUUAAUUAACU